GACAAUAGAAAUGCCUCUCAAUAGCGAAUAUAUGCAAUUCCAUCGAAAUCGAACAAGAAAGCGAGGAACCGGCGUUAAUUGUUUCUGCUAUGAUGCCUUGCUGAACAUUGCUGUCACCUUUUGGUAUCCUGUCCACUUGACUUUGGGUUUGCUGAUGCUUCCCACUCAUGGUGACAUUUUCAAGAAUUUGUCUAUGACCAUAACCUGCAUUGUGUGCACUCUUAAGCAUAUAAGCCUGAGAUUAAAAUUGAAGAAACUGCAUGAAAUAGAGACUUUGUUGGACCACUUGGAUAAAAGAGUCGAAAGUCAAGAGGAGUGGGACUAUUUCACUGAAGGUCCCCAGAAGACUGUAAAGAACGUGACGAAGAUGUAUUUCGGCAUUUAUAUGGGUGCGAAUGUAGCUGGCAUACUUACCGUUAUACUAGAUUCGGAGCGUAGGCUGAUGUAUCCUGCUUGGUUUCCAUUCGAUUGGAAAUCCUCCUUUUCGAUAUACUGCCUGACUCUGCUGUAUCAGAUUUUCGGAGUCACCAUGCAAAUCAUACAGAAUAUGGUCAACGAUGCUUUUACUCCAGUGGUGCUUUGCUUGCUGGGAGGUCAUGUUAGGCUGCUGGCAAUGCGAGUGCGAAAAAUUGGUUAUGACCCAGGGAGGGAUAAUAACCAUAAUCUGGACGAUUUGAAAAGGUGUAUUGAGGAUCACAUUAAACUGCGACACCUUUUCAAAACAUUGGAAGAUGCCUUGUCCAUAGUUCAACUGUCACUUUUCAUUUCGAGUGGCCUGAAUAUUUGUGUGGCCCUGGUCUAUCUGCUUUUCUAUGCAGAUACUUUUGUGGCCACCCUCUACUACUCCAUGUUUCUGUUAGCCAUUUGUAUUGAGCUCUUUCCCAUCUACUUCUAUGGCAGUGUUAUGCAAAUGGAAUUUGAGGAUCUGACCUAUGCCAUAUUUUCUAGCAAUUGGGCUGAGCAACCGAAACUCUAUCGCAAGAACAUGCAAAUCUUUCUUCAGAAUACUUUGCCCAGGGUAAAAAUGGUUGGAUGCGGCAUAGUGAGCAUUCAGUUGGAGACGUUCUUUCUAAUUUGCAGAAUGGCCUACACCUCGUUUACAUUGAUAAGAACUAUUAAUAUGGAUGUUCAGUAG